UGUGCAACAGUGUAAAUGUCAGAUAACUGACACAUGUCUAUUUCCCAUACUUGUUUGUUCACGAAGAACAUCCAGAAACACUGCCGUUGUCACUGUCGUCACGGUAGACGCAGCAUGCUUCAGUUCCUGGCGUUCCUGCUGGCGGUGUACACAGUGGGAGCUGUGUGUCCAUUUGGAUUUGUUCACUAUGGUGACUCCUGCUACGCUUUCAUUGCAGAAGAAAAGGCGUGGGACAAAGCUCAGGACUUCUGCCUGAGGAAAUAUGGAGCCCAUCUGGCCGAGGUCGAAACAGCUGGCGAAAAUACGUUCAUAGUGGACUACCUAAAUAACAAUACGCAUACGUUCUACGGCUACGACCUGUGGUUGGGAGGAACUGACAAUACCUUCGAUAAGUCUUGGCGCUGGGCUGUGCUCUCCAACACAACCUUGACGUUCACAGACUGGUCACCAGGGCAACCAGACGGUAGUUUCCAAGGAUUAGAACGUUGUCUGGAACUGGAAUCCACGUACAAGUUGAAAUGGAACGACGACGACUGUUACGACCACAACCUGUUCAUUUGUGAACGACCAUUUAAUCCUCCUAUCCCUCCUUUACCGGAUGUUGGACGCUGAUCAGAUUAUCGAUUUCUUCCUUGAGGGGCGGCCAUGAGGGGCGGUCACUCUUUAACCAUUCAGUAAAAUGGUUAGCAGUU